UAACCCUUUCUUCCUGUGGGUCUGAGUCGACGGUGCUGCCUGACGUAUGUUCUUCAAGCCGCCCGCGAGUCGCAGUCGGCUUCCAAAUCUCGCCGACGUAACACAUAAGGAGUCGUUCUUAUCCUUUCUUGUCACAGGCAGCAUGAUGUUGUCAAGAAGUGGGGCCCUAGCAGUUCGCAGCUCUUGGCUGGUGCAGCAGACAGCUGCUCUUUCGACAUCAUCAGUUAGAAACAAGAGCUAUGAGUUAGUGGUGGUAGGGGGAGGUGCCGGAGGAUGUGCUACAGCGGCUAAAUUUUCCUCUAAGCUUGGCAAGGGCAAGGUGGCAGUGAUAGAACCAGCAGAUAUGCACUACUAUCAGCCAAUGUGGACUCUUGUUGGGGGAGGUAUGAAGACGCUGGAGAAUUCAGGGAAGCCCAUGAGCCAAGUUCUCCCGAAAAAAGCUGACUGGAUUAAGCAGCGUGUUGUCAGCUUCGAUCCAGCUAACAAUAAAGUGAUGACUGAUGAUGGACAAGAAAUAAAUUACCAAUACCUCGUGGUGGCCCUUGGAUUGCAGCUGAAUUUCAGCAAGAUCAAGGGUCUGCCAGAGGCCUUCGAGACACCUGGCGUCGGCUCAAACUACUCGCCGCUUUAUGUGAACAACACCUUCGAGAGUCUUAAGAACUUCAAGCAAGGCAAUGCUAUCUUUACAUUCCCAGCCACUCCUAUCAAGUGUGCAGGAGCUCCCCAGAAGAUCAUGUAUAUUGCCGAUGAGUACUUGCGCAAGAACGGCAAAAGAGACAAGGCUAACAUUAUUUUCAACACCUCCUUAGGAGUGAUCUUUGGUGUGAAGAAAUAUGCUGAAGUUCUGUGGGAGGUUGUGAAAGAGAGAAACCUGACGGUAAACCUUCGUCACAAUUUGAUCGAAGUUAAACCUGACUCAAGGGAAGCCGUCUUCCAGAAUCUUGACAAUCCUGAAGAAUUUAAGACUUUUGAG